AUGGAAGUUCCCUGGGACGAGGCGGCUGAUGGCCCUAUGCCAGAGUGGAUGAGGCCCAAGGCGUGGUAUCUCCCGGAGAUGGAAAGCAUCGAGUCACCCGAUGGCGAUUUCUACUUACCCUUCAACAAGGGCGGCUUUUGUCCCAUUGAACUCGAUAUCUUGCUCAAUGAGCGAUAUCGCGUCAUUGCGUUUGCCGGCCAUGGUAGCUUCGCAAUGGUCUGGGUUGCCAUUGACGAGAAGCAUAGGCCUGAGGAUAGCUCGCCAAAAUACGUUGCUAUCAAGGUGUCUCGCGGCUUGAACAGUGCAGAGGAAGCCCAGCGCAGCAACGAGGAGGCCAGCCUCCGGCGCCUUAUGAAAGGGCGGGCGGGUGAUGCGCCUGGCAGCCGGCACAUCGUUCAGCUUCUCGAUGCCUUCGACAUUGAGUCCCCCAACGGGAUUCAUCGCUGCCUUGUUCUGGAACAAGCCGGGAGCCCACUUGUUGCACUGGACGGAGUCGCCCGCUUCAGUGAAAUGAUCAACAUCUUCAGGCAGUGUGCUGCGGGAGUCGAGUACAUGCAUUCCAUGGGAGUUGUACAUGGAGCAGGUUUGGAGAUCCGUCCUACGAUCACCCUAAGAAAAGCCUUUAUUGGUGCCAAACGUGGUGUGAACACACACAUCUACAACACACCGCCCGAGCUCAUCGAGGAUGAGGAGGCCACAUGCAAGGCGGAUAUCUGGUCCCUGGGAUGCAUCCUCUGGCAUCUCUGGUUUGGUUGCCACUUGAUGGAAAACUACGUUGUAGUCGUGGACCACAAGGAUGACGCGUACGGCCAUCAGAGAUCCUUUCUUGACUGCACCCGAUCUGAGCGCAAGGAGAAUCUUGUCGCGUAUGUCGACGGGUUGUAUGGCGAUAGCUCUGCCAAGAAGCCAGCCUUUGAUGCUCUGCUUGAGUUGAUCCUUGACUGCACCGAACCUAACCCGGACGACCGUCCUACGGCCCAUGAGAUCGUCUCGUCGAAGAUCUGGGAGGAGAAGGUAUUGCCUACCAUCGGUGACACUAGCAAAGACUCGCCAGAUGAAACCACCGGAGCUGCGCAGCCUUCCGAGGCAGCCGCGUCGGCAUCUGACCAGGCUAUGCCCGAGAGCAAAGUACUGGUGGCUUCACAGAACGAGGACUUUGGUGGCGAUGCGGUUGCUUCGGAGAUUGUUACUGCAGUCUCAGGCUCCUCAGAGACUCACAAGAGCAACGCCGAGCCCGUCAGCAACGCUCAUGCAGCUGUGGCCGCCACCAGCGAGGAGGAGAGCGACAGGUCAUUGUCGAACCCGCAGGAGAAGAUGUGGAAGUUUUGGUGGCCUUUCAGUAUUGUUCAGGAUUGGUUCCGGGCUCUCUGGAACUGGAGGUCAUUCUGGAACUGGAGGAAAUGA